AUUAUUUUGCUUAUUCGAUUGCAAAGAGCGUCAUCUCGAAAUCCAACAAUCGAUUAGGAGGGUCGCAGAAAGGUGGUGAGCCAUGUCAGAACAUGAUGAUACUUUACUGGACGAGGAUUUGGGCGAUGAAGAAUAUGAUCUCUGCAAUGAUGAGGAAGAAGCGCUAUUAGCGGAUGACUAUGAAAUCGGCAGGCAGAAUAGCUAUAAGGGAGAAGAAGAGACCGAUGACGUGCUGGACUUAGGAGUCAUGGAUCCUCUCGACGACUUAGAAGGAGAAGAUGAAAAUAUAGAGUAUAGAAGCGAGACCAAUAACCGUAACGAAAAUGAGUUUUACAAAGAAGAGCGUCACGAGACCAAGUAUUACAAGCAAGAGGAACAGGAAGGCUUCAAGAACAUGCAGGACUCCCAAAGUGAAGAAGGACCCUCGCAAGAAAGUGGAAAUGCUCUGAGAGACCUUCGAGAGAAGCUCCAAAAGAAUUCGCAGAGAGAUUUCUACAUCGGCAAUGCUCAAGGUUUGGAAGACGAUGACUGCGAAGAUGCAAAGGAGAGGAGGAACAGAUUCCAAAACGAAAGGAUCAUCGUUUCACCAAAGAUGAAUAACGAAAUUCCGGAUUCUCUGGAGAAUGUUGUUACGGUGGAACAACCUAGACAACCGUUUCGAGGCAGAGGUAGAGGACGAGGCAUCAGGGGGACCAGAGGUGGACGUUUUGUUGGGCAAAAUAACUCAAAUUUCAAUCCAAGAUUCGCUGCUCCACGUGGACCUUCCUUCGACAACCAGCAACCACAAUUUCGACCUCCGCUGUUGGACAACAGACCUCCGUUUCUUGGACCGAACACCGUACCUAAUCAACAAAUGAUCUAUCAUCACAACAAUCCACUGGGAGGAACACCGUUCCAACAAUUCCCGUCGAAUGUAUCCAUGCAAGGGCCGAUGCACUUUGGGGAAAACAGACCUCCCUUCAAUCCUAAUCAGUACCAAGGGCCCCCAGGACCUCCGGUUGUUCGAGUGGUGGGACCAAGAACGGAUUUUGGUCCACGUGCUCCAGGACCUGUCGCACCGUACAAUUGUGCCCCGAAUCAACCUCCUUAUAUGCCAAAUCAAGUGGCACACUUCCAAAACCAGCCUGUACUCGUGCAGGAGAAUCAAGGACGCCCACCGCAGGGGAACCAGGGGCUGAUGAUCCAAGGAAAUCCUUCUGGCCAUCCGAUGCCUGGUAACCAGGGACCGAUAAUGCCAGGGAACCAGGGGAUGCCAGGGCAGAUAUUUCCUCGAGCACCGGUACCACCUGUUGCCCUACCACCAGGACAGAAUCACCAAAAUGUGCCGAUGCCUAGUCAACCUUCUUUCGAGAACCGACCACCUUUCCAAGAGCAGUUUGAUGCAAGACCUUCGUAUGACUCCAGACCGGUAUAUAACGAACUACCAUCGAUCAACCAAUACACCACCCCUAAUGCUCCUGCAAUGUCUCAGCAGUCCAGUCCAGGCAUAUCUGGAAUGCCUCCACAACCAAAUCCCAACAUACCUAAUGUACCUUUGCCACCAGGACAUAAGAUCUUGAUAAAUCCACAUUUUAGAGGUGCUGUGCAGCCUGCAGCGGAUGCGAGGUUACUUUGGGACUCUAACCAACAUCAACAGGCGAGGUUACCUCAGACACCUCAAGGUGAACAGUUCAUUCAAUCACGAUCUCCAUAUCAGGGUCAAGCAAAUUAUACACCAACUUCUGCGUCGUCUACUCAACCGCAAACGUUUCAAUCCCAAAGAAAUGACGAUCCAUAUGCUUAUUUUUCGGAUGUAUGGCAAGAGAACAAACCGCAAAAGCCUCCUACCAGUUCGGGCAAGUCUUAUCCGGCUGAAAGUGGUUACUCCCGUUCUAACAAUUACGAAAAUUACGAGGAGAAAUACAAAACCGAAAAUGAGUGGGAGCGUCGCCCGAGUUAUCAAUCGACAUGCUGCACUCAAAGUACUUACAGUACUGCGGACUUCCCCAAUGAACAGAUUCCCAUUUAUCGAGACAGAGAUCCACCAGCUUCUUGUAACAUGGCAGAUCGUCUACCAAAGAAUUGUGUUCCUAUGGUAAACAAUACGUACCGCAAUGAAAAUUAUGAUCAGCCACAAUUGCAACAACCACCUAUCAACAGACCAACAAAUGCUCCUAUAAGAGGGGCAAAUAGGAUGCCACUAAAACGAGUUCCCGAGCCAGCAGAGAAAAUGCCUCGGGACCUGAGUCCAAAACGAGCGAAAACAAACAUUAGAAACUUACAAGAAGUCAAAACCAUUGAUACACAUAAUGACACCAUACAUGAGAAAAGAGAGGAAGACAGUGAUCCAGAGAUGCGAGAGUACAGGAAGAAAUUAGAGGAGCAGAAACGCCUUCGGGAGAAGAUUCUACGAGAGAAAGAAAAUCGUAGAAAAAUGGCUGCAAUGGAGAAGCACUCCGAGGAAGCGAAGACCAGCGAAGUGAUCACUACCUCUGAAAGUACAAUGGAAGAGGUGAAACCAACGGUAGCUGUGACAGGAGUGGCAAAGUCAUCAACAAUGACCAUAGCUCGACCAGCAAUUGGUAGAGGACGUGGCAGACCUUCAAAUGCACAAUCCUCAGAGGAAACCACAGGACCUGGAGUUCGGAUAGUACGAACGGUACCAGGAACCCAGCCUUGCUUAACAAACGAAAACGCAAGACACAUGAACACUACUAUUUCUGUGGUACCUACAAACGAAGAUACUCAAGCACGUCAAUUAGCUACCCAACCUGGAACUCGAAGAGUGGUUAUACACAAGCCUUUGUCGGCAUCACAGAUGAAAAUGAUAAAUAUGCAGAAAGCGGUCUCAAAUGCGCAGAAACAAACAUCUUCGAGCAACAGUGGCGUCUCGAAGACAACUGGUACAAUAGUUCAAAAGAUGGCAGACAGCGGACAGCAGAGAGUAGUCUCUCAAAACGUUUCUGGAGGCGUUUGCCAGAAGGUUGUUGUCAAUACUCAAAAUAACCAGAGAGUAGUGGUUCAAAAGUUACCAGGUCAAACUAAAAAAGCUGCAGAAACCACAACGAAUACAGUCAAAGUGGAAAAUCUAGCAGCUAGCACAUCAGAGGCAAAGAUUCGACGCAUGUGUCAAGGCAUCGGAACAAUCGAGAGCAUACACAUGGGUGAACGUAGUGCCACAAUUGUGUUUAAGACGCAGUCUGCCGCCUUAUUGUUUCACAAGAAAUACCAGCGCAAAAUGCUCGAUCUGUCGCUGAUUACGGUUCGCCUGAUACCACAGCCAGGUGGCAACAGAACGACCACUGCGGUCCUCAAAAGAUCGUAAUAUAUAGAGCACUUAAAUGGGGAUAUUUUCUUUAUUUUAAUAUUAAAUAAUAAUUUUCAGUUUACAGUGACAGAUUAGAUUAUGCCAUAAUUCAUAGAAAGUGUUGUGAUCGUCAUACUGCAAAUCAAAUAAUCACAGUACAUUAGUGCGCACCUCUGUGUCUGUACUUUGCAUAAAAAUCUUGUCGAUUGAGACAAAGAUGUUUUCAGGAAGGCAAUUGUGGCAAUUACCGGACAAAUUAAACUACGAUACCAGCUGAAGGAUACAUUUGUAUAUACAAACAAAAAUUUGGUUUAUAUUUCAUAUAUUGAUUUUCUUUGUAUCUAGACUUUUAUGGUUUAUUACAUAAUUGUAAUAAACUUUAAAUACCUAGAGUAGCAUAGAGUGCUGCAUUUAUGGUCAUAUACCUAAAAGUCAAAGAAACAGUAAUGAAAUCCUUAUUUUCAUUGUUUCAUUAAAGCAUAUAUGUAUAAGUCACCGUCGUUUAAGAUACUGUAAAAAAAAUAUUAAGUACGCGUUUGAAUGAUUACAUAAAUAGAAUUAUGUAAAUGAUUAUUGUAUAUAUACUAGCGUACUCGUGUAUGUCUACAAGAACAUAUGCUUUUACUAAAUGUAAGCGUGUAGUUACGGCAUCGUUAUUGUAAAGCUAGGCUGCCUGUGAAAUAUAGGCACCUUUAUUGAUAAAAUAAUGUAACUGGUAGGGGGUAUUGACCAUGAUGUUUUACAUACACAUAAUUAUUACCUAUUCCCGUUGUCUUAACUUACUGAACAUCCUUUUUCUGUAUAAAUAGUUAAGACCAUUGCUAAGCUAUAAUUUUUAUAGAUACCGUCCCAUUACUACCAUUGGAUUUUAAUUAACAGACAGGAAGAAAAAAACUGCAUGAUAAACUGUAUUCACCGAGCAGAGAUAUGUAUAUAUACACAUAUAUAAGAAAUUAUAUAAAAAAAUUUGUCAACCAUGUUUUCAUGUUCUGGAUAAGUUUUUUUUUUUAUACAGACAAUAAUAUAAUGAUUUGAUAAGAAA